UCAGAGUCGCAGUGGAUGUCUGGAGGUUAUAUGAAGAUGGAAUUUGCAAUUAAACACACAUGGGAUGGUUUACCUGUGAGCCAUGAGCCGGUAACAAUUGGGCUGAAGUCGGACAAUGCAGGACUGCUAAUGGAAGUUAAUGCUCCCUUCUUUAAUGACCCUCCAGGACCACUUGGAGAGCCAGGGAAACCUUUUAGUAGACUGUGGGACUAUGAGGUUGUAGAAGCAUUUUUCCUGAGUGACAGAACUGAACAGUAUUUAGAAGUUGAACUUUGUCCCCAUGGACAACACUUGUUGCUGCUGCUUUCUGGCAAAAGAAGAGUAUGGAAAGAAGAACUUCCUUUAGAGUUUGAGGUGACCAGAACAAAAACCAAAUGGGAGGGUAAAGCUCAUCUUCCUUGGAAUUAUUUUCCACCAUGCACUAACAAGUUCAAUGCAUUUGCAAUUCAUGGCUCAGGAGAAGAGAGAAAAUAUGAAGCGCUUCAUCCUGUGCCUCAACAUGAACUACAAGAAGGACAGAAACCAGAUUUUCAUCGCCUGGAAUUUUUCAAAGAUUUGAACCUGAAAGGACUAAUGGGAGAAGAUUGGAAGCAGCCUGAAUCAGAUAUAUGGAAGUCUCUCACUAAUUAAAUGGAUUGAGGCAUAAAUUUUUAUAGCAUUAAGGUUGGAUGAAGCUGUACGGAAACAACUUCUUCAUUCUGAGCAGAGUUUGUAAAUAUCAGAUUAGUAAGGCUUUCCUUGACAUGAAAAUCAUUGAUCAAUCUUAAAAUCAACUGUAAAGUAUCUGGGCCAGUUGGUUCUAAAUAUAUGAAGUAUGCAAUGACUUGUGUUUCAGUUCAUCUGGGUAUGAAAUUUUUCAUCUGUGUAAGAGAUGAAUCUGCUCCUACCAAUGAAGGGGAAAAAAAUGUGCUAAAAUUACAGCUGUGUUUCAUGAGAGCUCUAGGCCUGACAAGGCCAAUAUCUGGCUUGGAAUCUUUCAGUUUCCUGUAGUUGCUGCAUUUCUGCUGUAUUUUCACUGCUGCUUCUUUGUUUCUUGGCUGUUGAAUGAGAUUCUUAUGUGCCUAAAUUUUUUCAUUGCAAUCAGGAGAAAGAAUGCUUCCUUCAGGAACGGAAAAGAAUAUAGCUAUCAUGGCAUUUUUGUGGCCCAGUACUCGCAUUGGAAGAUGCUGUGGAGGUAUAACACUACCCUUUCCUAUACCUUCCUAUACCUGAAGUUUUCCCUUGCACAGUGCUGAAGGGGGAACUUAACCUGUAUCACUUUAUUAGCAGACCUCUCUGCUUCAGAUUCAGUGUAGAAUUUCUAGUGAUAUUUAGGUACAGAG